UUCCUUGCAGUUGGCUCCCUCUAGGCGAUCUCAGGUAAACAUUGUGGGAGGUGUCUGGGACUGUUAAAAACAAGUUCUGCAAAGGACUAUAUGCACAUGUUUAUGUGAGCAGUGAGAAGAAUAACGGGGGCUGCAGGUCCACAGGACGGGACGGGGCCGAUGUAGAGCAUCAUGUCUUGCUUUGACGGCUGCCACUGCUUCAGCCACAAAAGGGGCAGCAGUAUCCUCUACAGCAUUUUAAAAAACGGCACCCAGCCGGACCGGCAGUCACAACGAGCGGCGGCUCUCGUCCCGCAACAGGCUUGCGCUUGUGCCUCCAAAACGAAAGUGGCGCUUCGAUAUCCGCAAAUAACGUGCAAAGCGGCGUCCGCGGUACUGGUCAAGACGCUGAGGUUUGUCAAGAAUGUGCCUUGCUUUUGUGAGCUGCCAGCCGGCGAUCAGGAGCUGCUCGUCCGGAACAGCUGGGCUCCCCUGCUGGUGCUGGGCAUGGCUCAGGACAGAGUCGACUUCGAGACGACGGAGACGGCCGAGCCCAGCAUGCUGCAAAGGAUUCUGACCAGCGGGCAGGAGAAGCGGGAGCAUCAGCGGAACACGAGCGACAGAGUGUCCCUAGCAGACAUCCAGCGCAUUAAGGCGUUUCUGAAUAAAUGCUGGGGACUGGAUAUCAGUACCAAGGAGUACGCCUAUCUGAAGGGAGCCGUCCUCUUCAACCCAGAUCUAGCGGGCCUCCAGUGUCCGCACUACAUCUGCGGGCUGCAAAGCGAAGCGCACCGAGCGCUGGAUGAGCACGUCGGCAUGAUCCAUCGAGAGGACACGGCCAGGUGCGCGAAGCUCUCCGGCACCCUCUCAGUGCUGAGCUCCGUCCACGCCGACGUGGUCGCCGAGCUGUUUUUCAGACCCAUCAUUGGGACGGUCAGUAUGGAUGAGCUUUUGAUCGACAUGUUUUACGGGAAAUAGACUAAAACGGACGGAGCGAAGUUAUCCAACCGGACAGAAGCGACUUACUGGGAAGAAGUGACUUGUGGUGACAUAGUUACUCGACUUCACAAAUUGUUUACAUUUUAUUUUUGCACAGUAAAAUAUUCCCUGAACUGUACCGGUUGAAAUUCCAUGCGGGUUGCUUUGGAGCAGAUACAUAUGGACUUUCACUAAGGACACCUGCGCAAAAUAAAAACCAGCAUUUAAACACCUGUGACUUUAUUUUACUAGGCUAAUACAAUUUCAAUAAUAAUGUCAGUCAAAUUCAUUUGAACUGCACCCGAAAAUCUGAAGAGUCUAUAUUAAUUUAGUAUGUUAAAGAAAGAACUGCUAAGGAACCAAGACGUUCUGUAAAAUAAAGCAUGAAUAUACGUACCUCCAUCUUCUAAGCGUUUUCCCUGGUCAGAAUGGCAGAGUAAAGCAUGAAUGUGCCACCUAAAUAUUGUAAAAAGUCAUACUGUGAAGACUUACUGUUGAAAAACAGUUUCUCCUGUCAUUAAGAAAUGGAAUAUGGAGUGGACUACACUCAGAAAUAAGCGUAAAAAAUUGUACCUUUGCUUGUAACUGAGACUGUACCUCUAUCACCAAGGUAAAAACAGUAAUGUACCCCUAAUGGUACAAUGUUCCUCAGAGUCCAUUUCUGUACCUUAAAAGGUCCAAUUACCUACAGCUAAGGGCACAAUUGGCAGACCUUUGAGGGUACAGCCCCAGUGACAAGCAAAGGUACACAUUUUUAUCCUUUUUCUGAGAGCAUAUUAUUGUGACAUGUGGACAUCCAUUUUAAAGUUUAAGUACUGCAAGUUUUUUUUUUUUUUAAUUAUCCCAGAUGUUAUGUUGACGUUAAGAUGCGAAUGCAACAAUUAUCGUUUCAUAUUGAAAAUAAAGUACAUUGUUUUGUCUGCCAAUAAUACAUUUAAUGUUACCAUUCUAUAAAUUUGUGUCUAGAAUUUUCAUGACAUAUGACAACUAUUUUCAUAGAAUGAAUGAAACAUCCACUCUGUUUCACCUGUAAACAGCAUUUCAUUGAAUCCAAGAUCUUUGGACCCAGUCUCAUAAUAACGUUACUAUAAUAUAAAUUGUAAACAACAGCGUAGAACCCAUAAAUUAAGGUUUCUAUCUAUCCAUCAAUCCGUCCACCCAUCUAUCCAUCCAUUAAACACGUUAAAAACGUUUAUCCUUGUCAGUGUCCUGGGGCUUAAUCCCAGACUUAAUCAUGAAGAUGCCUAUUUCUGUUUAAAACUUGCUAAACUGGGAACUCAGCUGAAGUUAAUGAAACUGAGUUGAUAUGCCAUACAGUAAUUAUAAUGGCAAUAUAUCAAGUCAAGAGAAGCAAUUACUUGUCAGAAGAAUUCUGUCACUUCUGUGU